CUGAAGCUCAUAUAAGGAAUCGCAUUAUCUAAUGGCACUUUCUAGUAUCUUAGAACAGAUUAAGAAGAAAGGUCAAAUACAAAAUAGACAACAUCAAAAUGGACACAACAAUACUACUACGAAUAACAAUUCAUUAAAGCCGUCAUCAACAAUUAAUCGUAAUAUUCUGCCACCAAGAGAAGUCGAUCCUGUUGUUGCUAGGUUGAAAGCUGCCAGAAAAGCUGAACGAGAGAAGAAGGAACAGGAAGCAAGAGAAAAGAAGGGACUUCCACCUAAAAAGGAAAAACCUACUAAACCCAGAAGCAAAUCGGUACCUAAGAAUGGGACGUCCAAUCCAAAAUCAAUCCCACCUCCAACCCAGCCUAUACGUAGACCACCUCCCAAAAAAAUGAACUUUACCGAACUCAUGAAGAAGGCAUCACAGGUUGAUCAUAGCAAGUUGUCUAUAGACAUCAAAUCCAAGUCCCCUGAUGCUUCCUCAACUGCAAGGACCCCCAGGUCUCAAGAUUCAAGCCGUGCUAAGAAUAAUGGCUCAAUAAGGCGUGAAAUGGCACCUUUGAAAGACUUGAGGGCUAAACCCGGUCUGCGGAUUAAUGGUAAUCCCCAGUCACAUAAAUACAACUCUAAACCGCCUUCCUCGUCGGUUAGAGCAUCACUGGCCCCGGCACCGACACUCCACAAAGCACCAGCUUCGCGAGCACCUAUACCUGUUAGACAGCCAUCGUCCAAAUUACAGGAGAAGCUUAAGGGUAAAACCAAGAGUCCUAAUUCAAGCCAAGUUGCCCGUCACAGUGGUGGGGGUAAUGACUACGAUGAAGAAGCGGAAGAUGAUGAAGAAUUAGAUUCGUUUAUUGUCGACGAUGAAGAAGAAUACGAGGCAGAGGACGUGGGAGAAACGGAUUAUGAUCGAGAUGAGAUCUGGGCAAUGUUUAAUAGAGGUAAAAAACGUAGUGAUUUUGCAAGAUACGACGAUUACGAUUCUGAUGAUAUGGAAGCCACUGGUAAUGAAAUUUUCGAGGAGGAAAUGAAAUCAAAGAGAAGAGCAAUGGCAGAAGAUAAAAGAGAACUCGAGGAAGAACAAAGAAGAGCCGAAUUAAAGAAAGCCAAAAGACAACGGUUGCAAAAGUAAGUUCUGUAACAUAUAAAU